UCUAAGUUCAAUGGGGGGCCAUAGGUGCACGGACCCGGGACCUUGACUUGGUGAGACUUUGUAAGUAAGCUCAUCUCGAGUUUAAAAUUCCGGAGCGAGACAGGAUAUUUGAUCUCUAUAUAUAAACAAGGCGGCGGAGAAAUGAAAUGGUUCAUUAAUUUGUUCCACUUUACUCUUCGGCAGCUUUCUCUUCUCUUCCUGCACAGACAUCCGACGAUUCGUGCAAGAUGACGAGCCAGGAUAAUGCUGCAGAAUGGGAUUGGAGCCUAUCUGAAAUUGUAGCGCUUCCGCAACUGUCUUCGAAUGAUGAAUCUGAAGCACAGGAUGAAGGUGAACAAACAAGUAUUGUCGCCCGAGGCAGAGGCCGAAGCAGUGGAGCAAACACGAAAAGAAAACGGCAAUCAGUUUCCAAAAACUUUAUCAAAAGAAAAAGGAAAAAGCAUAAAAAAAAUGCGCCGCACCGUCGAUAUGGGACAAACAUCAGCUUCCCAACAACCAGAACGAAAAGAAGAGAAGAGCUAAAUGAACAGAUCGAGAAGAAAUCUGUCCGUGAAGGAGCAAAAAUUCUCAACGAUAGACUUGACAGAUUGAAAGUCAAAGACAUGAUAGAAGACAUGGAAUCUCAUAUAUAUAUACAGACCGUUGUGAUGGCCAACAACGCCGACAACCUCUUUAAACCAAUAGUCGACUCCUACGACCAAAUCAAAAGGCAAUGGCCAGCGCGGUCUGACCUCGAAAAGAUAAGGGGAAAAGAUAUAGCUAAUCAAGAGUGA